AUGCCUGGCCGCAGCCUGUUUGGGCGUCAUGGCAACCGCUCGCAGCACAAUCUGGUAGACCAGCAGGCCCAGCAGCAGAUCCAGCAGCAGCAGCAAGCUCAGCAGCAUCUCCAGCAUCAGCAGCAGCUACAGGCCCAGCAGCAGCAGCAGCAGAAACAGCAGCAGGUGGGUGGCCCCGAUCAUCCUCUGCCACCACCUCCUCACCCGCACCAGCAGCUUCAACAGCCACCACCCCUCGCCUCGCAGCCUGGGUCGACAGUGGGAACAGGUGGCAGCCCUGCGGUGUCUGACAUCGGCCCACCGCCGGGCCCGCCUCCUAGCGCCAUCAGCAAUAGCAGCAACCCCCCCUCAGCCUCAUCAGCUCCGGAUCCCAGUCCCAGCGACCUCUAUUCUCAGCAGCUCCAGCUCCAACAUCAGCUGCAACAGCAACCACAUCCUCAACAACAGCAGCAGCAGCAGCAGGGCGACGCUACUUUCCCUCCUCAGCCCCUGAGCCAGCAGUCCACAGGAAAGCUCCAGAAAAGGCAGCCUCAGCAGCAAGUCCCUCCGCACCUGCUCCAGCAGCAAUCUGACGGUGGCUACCAAGGCCGCCCAGGUUCCUUGGUCUUUGCUAGCAGCAACCCAAACCUACCCCAGAAUCCUCCUCCUGUGCCCCUCAACCAAGCCACCGCCAGCACCUCCUUUGGUGCGCAACCUUACGGCUCACAACCACCACUCUCUCCUCCAUCUCAGCUGCAACAACAGCAGCAGCAACAGCAGCAAGUUCGUGGGGGUGUGCAGUUGGACACCCAGGGCAAUUCCGAUUUCGUGUCUCGGUCACAAUCGGCACGCUACCCACAGCAGCACAUCCCACCUCUGCAGACGCAGCCGCCCUUCAACACCAAUUCGGCUGAAGACCUAUCGCAGCCCCACACCAUCUCCUCACCCAUAGUCACCCAGCGUCAACCCUCAGGACCGAUUCAGGCUGCGCCGCCUCCCGAAACACAGAAGCGUUCUGCUCGCGGUCUUAUUCGGAGCUUCAUCAAGGGGUCCUCGUCUAAGGACAGUCAUAACCUGCAAGCGAGCGAGGAGUCGUCGGGUAUUAGUCGCAAGCACUCCAAGCGGUCCAGUGUGGGCAUCCCUCUAUCGCUAAGGAACAACAACCCCUCGCAGGUUUCCCUGGACCAGCAGCAAGCCCAACAGCAGCAGCAGCAUUAUCAGUCGCAGCCACCACAGCCGCCUUCUGGUUGGCAAUCCCACGGACAGCCCUCUCCACUGCAUGGUGUUGGCGAGGUAGACGAGACCUAUAGUGAGAGUCGACCGAGUCAAGAUCCGAACUCGCAGAGCUACCCGCAUACUCCACAGCUCAACGCGGUCAGACACAUUCAGCCUGACUCUGAGAGCUCCCCGUACAGCGGACAAGAUAGCCUCACCCCGCAGCAGAAGCAGCAGCUGUUUACCCAGCAGCAGAGUCAGACGGAACAGGACCAGCCGCCGUACAACCAGGGAGCAAACGAGCCGGGCAACCCAAGCCACCAAUAUCAGCUCGUGCCUCCACCCGCACCGUACAGCACACCAAAUCGGGGCAAUCUCUACGCAGGCCAUCUCAGCACCGCGAGCUCGCACACCAUCAACAACGCAGACACAAUUUCGCAGCUUUCGCAUGACUCUCCCACCCCGGACUCUGAAUAUCCUGCUACUCAGCAGUCAAUACAGAUCCCCUCCGCCUUGAAGACGUCACAGUCAGAAUACCAGACUGUAAACUCUGAGCAGACCUCCCCGUCCAGCCAACAGAUACAAAACAUGCCUCCUCCGCCUCCUGCUGGCGGAACAGGACCUGCACGAAGAUCCGGCGAAGCUGAUGCGCAAAUGCGCGGAGGAGCAGACGGCCCAGGGGGGCCGCCGCCAGGCUAUAGACACAACCAAGCUCCGAGCAUGAACAACAUGAAUCCUCUGCCUCCUACGCCGGGCCCUGCCAAUCCUGCCACGCCCGCAUUCAGAGCCGCCACUGUGGCCGAGAGGCAGUUUGAUGGCGCGGGACAAGAAGGUGGUCGCAACAGCCCUCAGCCUCCUGCCACGGAGCGCGAGGCCGAGGUCGAGAAGAACUACAAGGAUCUAUUGACCAAGUACAAGAAUGUCAAGAGGCUCUACUUCGAUGGCAAAGCCCAAAUUGAGCAAAUGACUGCGCAAAUUGAACUGCUCCAGAACGCAGUUGCGAACCAGCGGAUGUCUCAGUCCCGGACAGCGCUUGAUGACAACGAAUAUUCGACAAGGUUCAAUCGACUCAACGGCGCAAUCAACAAUCUCUCCUUCAACAUUCGGAAGGACUGGCGCUCUUUACCACCAUGGAUCGAGAGUUUCGUGACACCGGACGGUCUGAAAACUGGCAAGCAAGAAAUGACUGCAGUUGGCCGCGCCGUCAUCGCAAAGUGGCUCGUGGACGAGGUGUUCAACAAGUGCUUCCAUCCUGCGCUCGACCCGCAACUCAGCCAUCACCUCAAGUCGAUUGAACGCAACAUCAGACAAUUCUCGUAUACCAUGAAUAGCCAAGAGGAGUUUGAUGCGCUGACAUCAAAGGUGGUCAACUGGCGCAUGGCCACGCUUGAGGGACUUCAGCACAUGCUGAACUCGAGUGAGAGCCAAGAGGCGCGGGCCGAGUUCACCAGGAUGGUGACCACCAACCUCACUGCUUCGCUCCUGCAGUAUCUGGUAGAACCGGCCCCAGCGGGAGUGGACGGAAGUGCUUCGAUGAUUGUCGAGCUGGCAAUAGGCCUCGCUGCCAAUCUGCCUCUGGAAAGCCGAGACAUUGCCAUCAUUUACCCACUGCCAGGAGAUCCGAUACGCCCCGAGAUUAUGGAGCCAGAGAAGGGAGCGCUGCCGCCACUGACUGACAUUACCGACGAAGACGAUGAGAGUGAAGAUGAGAAAGCGACCAAGGCCGGCAAACCAAAGACUGGCGCUGCCCCCACCACGGAGAAGGUUGGCAAGAUACGUUUUGCCGGCUCGGUGGCCGUGGAAGUACGAGGGCGACAAGUGCUGGUCAAGGCACCCGUGUGGGCACUGUAG